UUCGUGCGCUGCUGCUCCCAAGCAGAAUAUUUUAACAGAUGCUGGGACUGUCAAGCCGGCAGUGUUUUUAGUUCAUGUGUUAUCGCGGGGAUACAUAUAAAUAUUCAUACCAAAAGACAUUCUAUUUGCAGAAGGAUUUUCUACUGGCAGCAUGAGGCAUUAAUAUUGUAGCCUACAUUCACAUUCACCUUCAUCUCGUAAAGUUAAGCAUUUUCUAUUUGGUUUCAGUAUUUUGAUUUUUAGGAGCGGUUACCGAUCACCACUGUACAGGACCUGUAAUGGGUUUAAUUGAGGUGCGAACACAACUUUUCCCCACAUCGGGACGCAGGAAGGAAGACUAGUCUUGUGACCGCUGACCCGGUUUAACCUGCCCAUUUUGACGGACUAUAUUAAUGAAGCUAGGCUAGGAGAAAAUAUGUAGGUAACUUAACCAAAGAGCCUACGACGAAAACACACAUAGCAUGACCUCGGAGACCUUGAAGAAGAGGAAACUCAAUGGCGCCCCUCCUCAGACAGCCAUCCCGUCUAGUCCGCAGUCAUGGACGACAUGGACCUGCCCCAGAUGAAGAAAGAGGUGGAGAGUCUGAAGUAUCAGCUGGCCUUCAAGAGGGAGAAGUCCUCCAAGACAGCCACUGACCUGGUGAAAUGGAUUGAGAAUGGGGUGUCGGAGGAUCCCUUCCUGAACCCCGAGCUGAUGAAGAACAACCCCUGGGUGGAGAAAGGAAAGUGCACCAUCCUCUAACGGAGCUCAGCAAGCUGCUGCAGCCUCGCCCCCUCAAACCCAACCCGACCCGAGCAAGUACUGGCUGAGACGCACAGUGCCCCCCUACCCCCAGGAAAUAUAGGUCAUAGAAUUGGGGGAGAGGGGGUUAUAACCAUGAAAUACAAAAACAUAUAUCAAUGAAAUAUAUUUAAAAAGCCUUUAGUUAUAACCAUGAAAUAUAUUCUUCACUAUAAAAAAUUGCAAACGGCACUUAUUAUACUUUUAGAUGUGCAUAAACGCGGCCCGUAGGUCUGUAAUCGCGCUGCUGUGGUCGUAUCAUUGCUGCUGCUUGAGCGUUAAAGAGGCAAAAACACUGGAGCAAAACGACAAAACAAAAUCGGCGGAACAGCGGCGCCAACAUCCGGCGCACGGUCCGCCGUCCAACGUGACGCCCUUUUAAGGCCGGCGUGCACGUGCUCACAUCCCCCAGACGCUCACAUCCUCCAGACGCUCACAUCCCAGAGCGCUUGUAUAUAUACAUGCUAUUUAUUCUGAUUAUAUAAUACAUGGGUGCUGUCUGCUUUGGACGCUACAGCCCAGCCCUGACACAGGAGAUAAGGCAGCCUUUAACACCUCAUUCUUAAAUGCUGCCUUUUUCUCGAAGAUCGUGUGCCUGUUAACAGUGGUUAGCGGGCGACCAGCUAGGGCUAGACAUAUGCAGAACCCACAAUGGGAGCCUCACCCUCAGGUUAUGGCCAUGCCCCCCCCCCCCCCCCCCCAGGAGGCUCAGGACAGCUAGCAGGAAUGUGGACUUUGAGUUAUGAUACAUUUAGCUACAAAUUGCAGAGAGCUGUUGUCUUAUUUCGGAGUGGGCUUAGAAAUUGUAUGCAUUACAGUCAAGCAUUGAUUCAAUGACAAAGCAAUAAAUAAAUUACCCUUUUUAUUGAAUGUUUUGCAAAAAAAAAAAAAGUUUGUCAUAUUGAAUAAAAGUAGAGGAUUUUUAAGACAA